AUGAAAUGCUGCCUUGACUCCCUGGCCGCUGCCAACAGGCUUCCUGGCGCCCUCCAUCCUUGCAGACUGCCGAAGCGGUUUUCAGCUAGACCAGAGGAGACUCAGCAAACCGCAAGCUUGCCACCUCCAUCAGCCCCUUCUGAACUCAGCCUCGACACAGCUUUCAUCGCUACGCUCCCCAGCACACGGCCAUGUCAAGGGAGGGCCGCAGCCGGGGACACCGCACCACCACCACCAUUGGCCAACAGCUGUAAACCGCCACCACCACCGCCACCACCACCACCACCGCCACCACCACCACCACCGCCACCACCACCACCACCGCCACCACCACCACCACCGCCACCACCACCACCAGCACCAUAG